UUCGUUAGUGAUUCUGAGUACUAAGAAAUAUCGACGCAUCGCUGUACGUAAUCUACGGCGCUUCGACGACUACAUCGCUUCUAUCUCGAACUUCUAUCAUCAUGGGUGACGGAGAUUACUCAAAGGGAACUCGCGUAUACGUCGGCGGCCUGUCCGACAGCAUCAAAAAGGAAGAUCUGGAAGGCGAGUUCGAGAAGUUUGGAAAGCUCAAUAACGUUUGGGUCGCCUUCAAUCCGCCAGGUUUCGCUUUCAUCGAAUUUGCCAGCAAGGACGAAGCCGAAACAGCCUGUGAUAAUUUGAAUGGUACAGAAGUGUUAGGUUCAAAGUUGCGCGUAGAAAUAUCGCGGGGUCGCGGGCGUGGUCCUAGGGGUGGCGGCGGUGGCGGUUUCCGAGGAAGCAGGGGCGGUGGUUUCCGCGGUAGUCGGGGUGGCGGCUUUAGAGGCAACUACGAAAGUGGUUCCAGGGGCGGCGGUUUUAGAGGUCGGGGGCGAGGACGCGGCGGUUUCGAUCGCGACUCUUAUGGCGGCGGGCGCGGUGGUUAUGGAAGUCGCGACAGCUAUGGCAGCCGUGAUGGCAAUCGCGAAAACUUUGGAAAUGGUAGUUACGAUUCAUACGGGGGCGGUAGGGACGGGGGUUCAAGGUACAGAUCACGAUCACCAGUUAGCGGUGGGAGAAGAUAUUAGUAGUAUAGUUUUAAAUAUUAAAUAAUUCUUUUUUAUUUUUUGUGGGAGUCAUUUUUUAUAUGUAUACCACCCAUAUUUUUAUAAUUUGACAUACAUUUUAAAUCAAACAAAUGAAAAGACUUUAUUUAUAAUUGGGGUGAUAAUAGAUGUGUUCAAUAGUUCAUGAAAUUUGCUUUUGGGAAUCUCUUAGUAUGACAUAUAUUUCUAUGUGAAUCAUUAUUCCACUCUGUUGCAUUAUCAUAAAAUCACUGCUGUAAAAUGCUGUGGAUCACCUGGCACAAUGUACUACCAAACCUACCUUGAUGGCGAGACUAAUUGUGGGAAAUCUGCAAAUCUU